AUUUGCUGCAGCACAGACAAUUGUUAAACAAUAUAUGGACUUCUGCCCAGUGAGCUCUGCUUGGAAUUGAUCUAAUAUUCUGGGGAUAGUUCACCCGUUACAGAAUCAUUUGCAAAAAAAAAGCGAGUGAUGCCUGUAAAUCGUGCUGAGAGAAGAACAACAAAUCCCAGAAUUCCCUUCAGGAAAAAAAAUCCCACCCCUGAGCUCAUUUCCUGUGCCACACGGGAGUCAGGCAGUAGGUAGUAGGUUGCACCCAUGCAGCACCUGUUGGACCCAAUAAUACUCAACACAAUGAAUAAAGAUAAGAAGCAAAUGACUGAGAAGAUAUUGAAUCAUGCCCUGGGUAUUAUAUUCUUACUCACCGGCGAGGAAUACAUCAUUGUGAAGAAGAAUUAUCCCCACAGUAGCAUUCAGCUGCUAACUGGAGAGGUUCCAAUAAAGUGUGGGGAUGUUGCAGUCUAUUUCUCCAUGGAGGAAUGGGAGUACAUAGAAGGACACAAGAAGCAUUACACGGAUGUUGUAACAGACAAUCAGAAGUCUUCAGAAGUUCCAGCACAAGAACACCCUGGCCUUUGUGACAGAAAUCAAAACAUGGCGGCAACUAAUGACGUGGACAAAAUGGAGAAACAUGGUAAUGCUGUUCAGCAGGAUCCUGUUGGUUCAGACACUGGCCCAGCAAAUACACAGAACAAAGCUCCAGAAAAUGUGCUUAUUGCCAAGGAGGAGAAAAAAAAGACUGAGGAUUUAAAUAGAAAUCAACAUGGGAAAGUCCAUUCUGUCUUUUAUACCGGGGAUUCGCAUAACGGAGUCUGCACGAAACAUGAAAUGAGGCCCUUAAAAAAGAAUUUAUUAGGAGCUUCCCACAAUGCAGUCUGCACAUCAGAUGAAAGGAUGUGCAUGAAAAGGAAUAUAUUAGGGGAUACCCAUAAUGCACUCUGCACAUCAGAUGAAAGGAUGUGCAUGAAAAGGAAUAUAUUAGGGGAUACCCAUAAUGCAAUCUGCACAUCAGAUGAAAGGAUGUGUAUGAAAAUUAAUAAGUUUGGGGAUUCCUACAGUUCAAUGAAUACAUCUGAGGCAGUGAUGCGUGUCAAAAGCAAAAUAUUAAACCCCCGCAGUGCACUGGGUACAUCAGAGGAAGUGAUGCAUAGGAAGAAUAAUAUAUUAGGAGGCUACACUAAUGCAGUUUGCAAAUCAGAGGAAGUGAUGCAUACAAAAAGGGAUAUUAUGGUAAGCUCCCACAAUGCAACCCACACAACCGAUAAAAUGGUGUUUGGUAACACUCGCUUUUGUACAGAGUUUCAGGGCAGAAACUAUGGAGUUCCACAUAAUGAACAAAAGCCGUUUGGAAAAGUCAUUCUUACACCUUUUUCAGUACCUUGCCCACGUGGCUACAAAACCCAGGAUCUGCGUGAGCAGUUUGUCGCUGGGAGCAAUGAUGGCGUAUCCUAUAUUAAGUCCAUGGUGAAUGAUCACCAAGCAAAACUUAAGGAUGAAAAACCAUAUAAAUAUGAAGUUCAGAGACAGUUAUCGCCCAAAUGCAGAGAUUCUGAGGAAAAGCCCCAUAAAUGUAACGUUUGCGGAAAGCAAUUCCCCACCCUUUCAAAGGCUUCCUCGCAUUCGAGAAUUCACAACAAGCCGUUUGUGUGCCCAGAAUGUGGCAAGGGCUUUCCUUUUAGGUCCAAUCUGAAUAAACAUCUCAGGACUCACACAAAAGUAACCCAACAUGCCUGCCCUGAAUGCGGCAAAUACUUUGACAAAAGAACAUUGCUGGAGAAACACUUCAGAACCCACACGCAAGAGAAGCCAUAUGUGUGCCCUGAAUGCGGCAGAUGCUUCUCUCAGAGGUCGUGCAUGGAAACGCACUACCGAAUUCACACAAAAGAGAAACCGUAUUCUUGCCGGGAAUGCGGGAAAUGUUUUGCUCAGAGGGGACAUCGCAAUAUGCACCAAAGAAUUCACACAGGAGAGAAACCAUUUCCUUGCCCUGAGUGUGGGAAAUGCUUUACCCAAAGGAUACAUCUCGACGUCCAUUACAGAGUCCACUCGGGAGAGAGACCGUACCCCUGCCCUGAAUGUGGCAAAUCCUUUACAACAAAGGCUAAUAUGGAUGCACAUCUGAAAACCCAUGCUCUUUUGAACCCAUGUGACCCCUAAAUUGGGGAUAAUUUCAUACAUUUUAGUUUUGUUAGCCAGCAGUUAGCACAUGCUGGAAAGGUGUGUAUUAUGGGUUAUAUUUAUCAUGUGCAUAAUAUGGUGUAAUCUCAGAUUUCUCAAAUGGGUUAAACUCAGUUGAGUAAAUUGUAUUUGGAUGUUCCCAGCACUUAUCUCCUAAUCCCAGCAUUCCUUGUUGUCACCAAUCAGGCAACAUUAAAAAAAAAACAAAACCUCAAUAUUUACAUUUUCAACAGAAAAUUGAUUAUCUAAAUCCCACUGAUUUCAGUCAUAUCACUUUCCAAUUCAACAGAUAUUUAUUCCAUUUAUGCACAAAUAUAUCUCUCUCUCACACACAAAAUCUGUAUUUUUGUUUAGUUGUUUAGUUUAUUUUGUGCUAAAAUGUAAUUUUCUUUAAAAAAUAUUGAAUAAAACAUUAAUUGAA